ACCAAAAAUGGGCGAAGAAACGAGUAAUUCUACGCAGAAUAAAACGAGGACAAAGACCACGCGACCCAAGGCGGUGUAUCAGUGGACAGUGAGCGAUGUGCAGAAGUGGUAUCGACGCCACUGCGGGGAAUACACCCAAUACGAGCAGCUCUUCGCCCAGCACGAUAUUACUGGAAGGGCUCUACUGCGAAUCACAGACUCUUCUUUACAAAGGAUGGGCGUUACGGACAACAGGGAUCGGGAGGCCAUUUGGCGGGAGAUCGUAAAACAGCGCCUCAAGACGGACAUCAUGGAAAUCCGGGAUAUGGAAAGGCUCAACAUACACUAGGAUGCAAUGCUUUGUUGUAAAAGUAGUAUAAUUUCAAUUUGAAAUAUAGUUAGGAUCAUUAAUACCAUUUAAA